CUUUUUUUUACUGCUGCUUUUGUGGGUACGCGUGUGCCUGUGGGGUUUGUGUGUUAUUGCUACGCGCGGCGGCGGCGUGAAGUGGGUGUAUGUUACGGCUGGCCGCCGCCGGGUCAGAGCCGAGCGCGCGCAUCAAUGCAUGCAGCGACAGCGUGCAGGCGGUUUUGAGGCGCCUCGGCGACGCACAGCAGCGCAAUGCACGAAUCAAGUGUGCGCGGCUACGGCCGUGCCGUGCGGCCCGAUUAUUGAUCCUCGCAGUGGGUGCCACGCGUCGACCCGAGUGCGGUUAUGCGCGGCGUCCGCUGGCGAAGGUGUGCUGGCAGGGUUGGACGCGGCUUUGUACGGUUUUUGAGGCAACCGGGAUGCUCCUGCGUUGCACAAUUGCUACGCGUGGCUCACUGCGAGGUCGAGUCUCGGCAAAAUCGCUCAAGCCCUCGGGUUUCGUUUCGUCGAUCGCAAUAGUCCUGAGUCGGGGAUCACAAGGCUCCGAGCGGCCCAUAGCGACUAAUACACGGCGUGGAAGAAAACCCGGCACCUCCAGCUGGAGCCUCGAGAGAGAGCCGGCUCCCCCAGACGCGUCGUUGGGGCUGCUGCCCCAAAGGAGCUACAAAUGAUCCUCACACAGUGCGCCGUCUGCGCCACCGAGCUUGGCUUAAGCUUGGGUAAGAAAUGCGGCCGCUGCAGCACACGCUACUGUGGGGCAGCCUGCCAGGUGCAGCACUGGAAAGAAGGCGGGCACGACCAGCUCUGUAAGAAAAUAAAAAAGGCAGGCGGCGCCGAGCAGUACACUGCGAAUCAGAAUUACACGAAAACCGUAUCGGUCGCGGUCGAGAAGUGCGCCGAAGACACCAAGGGCCAGACGUGCUACAUCUGCACGCAGGCCCUCCAUUGGAAGACGAAGGAGGGCCUCGUGCGUAUGUGCUCCUGCCGCGGAACGUCGGGGUUUGCGCAUGUGUCGUGCUUGGCGGAAGAGGCGAGGAUUCUGGUGGCGGAGGCCGAGGAGAACAACUUGCGCGGCAAGGUGUUUGAUGAGAGAUGGGUGCGGUGGAACAAUUGUGGCCUGUGCAAGCAAGAGUACCACGGCGUCGUGUACUGCGCGCUCGGGUGGGCAUGCUGGAAGACUUACGUGGGUCGGCCGGAGGCCAACGUGUUACGGAUGCACUCUAUGACAACGCUCGGAAACGGACUUCGCGCGGCCAGUCAGAACAGGGAACGGCUUGGACUCCUCGAGUCCCAGUUUGCCUUGAUGCAAAGAAGUCGUGUUAACCGCGAAGCGAUUCUGGCCGCUCAGGGGAAUAUGGCGAACUGCUUGGAAGAUCUCGGACGUAUUGAAGAUGCCAUUGAACUAUCAGUCCAAGUCCACAGCGGCAUGAAAGCCCUUAGAGGUAAUAGACAUACAAAUACGAUAAUCUGCGGUUUAAACUUGGCUGCUUCUCUGCAAAGCAAAGGAAGGACCACCGAAGCUCAAUCUCUCGCUGCCGAAUACCUUCCGAUUUCAGAGAGCGUAUUCGGACCCCUCGACGUUAAUACACUGGGACUACGCAGCACUUAUUUACGGGCCCGGUGUAGGGACCCUGACAUAUCCCUAGAUGACUGGCGCAAAGCUGUGUCGUCGAUGGACGACCUCUAUCGAACAGCAGUCAAAGUCCUCGGAACCCAGCACCCGUUGACGGUGCAAUGCAAGGAUGACGGAGAGGCGUCCCAAAAGGCGCUCGCCGAAAUCGAUGCGCAGGCUAGCCUAGAAGCACUCGCAUUGUAGGAACUAAAAUUUAAAACAACCGUUAAAAUUAAACAUCAU